AUUUGUCACAUAUUCUGAUGUUUUAUUGAAGCUUUAGAUUCAUCAUGAUGAACGUUCUGCUCCUGUUCUCCUGCAUCAGUACAGCUGUUGUAGGUGCACCAGUUCAAGUAACAGGACACAGAAGAGAGACUUUUCACAUCACAUGUCCUUAUGAAUCUGGAUAUGAAACAAAUAAGAAGUAUUUGUCUAAGGGAGAGUGUAUCCUUGCCUUUAGAAACAUCAUUGUUGAAUCAGGAUCUCAAGCUAAAGACGACAGAUUUUCUCUGAUUGAUGACACGACUGCAAGAGUUUUCACUGUCACCAUCACUGAUCUGAGAACAGAUGAUGAGGGAAAAUACUGCUGUGGAUUGAGGACUCCUAUACUGCUCAAAGAUGUAUAUUCAGAGAUUAUUUUGCUUGUUAAACUUGAUGACACGUCCACCGUCCAACCAACUGAACAUCCUGUUUCAAUCACACCAUCUUAUUUCAGCACAUCAGUGUUCAAUCUACAGUCCACCGUCAUCAAACCCACAGAUCAGAGUCUCUCAUCAACAGAUUCUAUUUCUUUUGCUGUCGGUCUGGUUGUAGUUCUGCUGGUUUUGUGUUCUGGAUUGUUCCUCUUCCUGAACCUGUGGGAACGAAAAUGUGGAACAGUUUCGAUUUGGGAAAAUACGCAUCAGUCUAGAGAGAAUGUGUGCAUGUAUGAAGAGAUUCCAGACAAUGAUCCUGAAUCAUGUUACACCACAGAGAUCUUCAUUCAAACGUCUGCAUCGCACCUCACAGACAUCAAACGAACAAGUAACCAAUCAGCAGUCUGAUUUAAAGCUCAGUCACAUCCAAUCAGCCAAUCAGGUGACAGACGAAUGUUAUUUGGUGUCACCUGAACCGAGCCUGGAUAUCAUGACAGCAACUAUGUACAUUACAGUCUCAAGAAAAUUAUUUGGUGAUCUCAUGACUUCAUAUUUUAUCCUUAAUUCCAACUUAAUUCAUUCUGUACAAUAUAGAACUGUCUUUUAAAAAACCCUUUAAUUGCUAUUUUUAGAAAAUUUGUUCUGUAAUUCACUUUUAAAAUUAGCCUCAAAUGUUCAUUAUUUUGUACGUGUUGGAUAGACUAGUGUGUCUUGAUAAGAUCUGCCGUGUCAGGUUUUAGCUGGUUAGUUUCAGUGGUUUGCUGUUGUGAUGUGGUUUUGAUGUUCUUCCUUUGACAGUCUUUCUAACCUGGAUAUCACUCAAACGUAUUGAAUACUAUCUGUGGCAUUGUGUGUGUGUUUUUUUGUUAUAUAUCUGUUAUUUUGAAAUGAUUGGUUGUUGAAUUGGUGUCUUGUAAAGUGUCCAUGAUUCUGGGAAAGGCGCUUUAUAAAUUAAACACAUUAUUAUUAUUAUUAUU